AUGGAGUUUAUGAAGCUCAAUUCCCUCCAAAAUGUUUGUCGCCAGAAACUUCUUUUACCCGUAUUGAAACCUUUAUUCUAUCAAACAGCACAGCUUUUACACUUUACUAAAUUUAUCCAACCUAUUACUGAAUUUGAGAGUGAAAGAGGCAGAGCAAUUUUAAGGCUUAUUCGGUUAGGUAUUUUCUCCCCCUCAUCGCACGCCUACUGCAAGCUCUUAUCAGAAUGCAGCAAGAUAAAAUCUCUAGGUCAAGGGAAGCAGAUACAUGCCCAAGUAAUCAGAUCUGGUUUCUCGGAAGAUUUGAAAAUUCACAGCCAUUUGAUUAAUUUGUAUUCAAAAUGUCGGGUUUUUCAAUCAGCUCGAAACCUGUUCGAUGAAGUUCCUCAAAGGGAUUUUACUUCUUGGUUUGCUCUCAUAUCUGAAUAUUCUCAAAGUGGGUUUGAAGAAGAAGCAAUCAUGCUUUUUGAUCAAAUGCUGCUAUCAGGUUGGAAGGGUACUGAAUUAAUUUUUCCCAGUGUUAUUAAAGCGUGCUCUAUUACUAAAAAUUUGAGCAAAGGGAAGCAAAUUCAUGGGAUUGUGAUUGCUACAGGGUUUGAAUUUGAUGUUUUUGUUGCAAAUAGUUUGGUUUUUAUGUAUGAGAGUUGUGGUGUGUUCAUAGAUUCAAGGAAACUCUUUAAUGAGAUGCCUGAAAAGAGUGUUGCUUCUUGGAAUGCUUUGCUUUCUAGUUAUGCAUGGAAUGGUCGUGGCAAAGAGGCACUUGAUUUGUUUCAAGAACUGGUUAGGAGUGGAGUUAAGCCAAAUGAACGUUGUCUAUGGAGUAUUGUACAUGCCUCUACGGGUUGUGGAAAUUAUAUCCAAGGAAGGAGAGCUCAUGGGUUUCUUAUAAAACUCGGGUAUGAUUCUGAUUCACAGUUGGUUAAUGCUCUUGUGCAUCUAUAUAAAAGUGCAGGUGAAGCUGCCAUGGUAGUUUCUCUAAAAAAACGCUCAAUGUGA